AUUCCCACUCCUGAGGGAAAAAAAAACAAAACCAAAACCCACUCUUGCUCAACCACGGAGCCCAGCAUUGACGAGAAGUGUUUCGGAGCACAUGGGUAUUUCAGUUCCGUUUCGUUUUUCCUGAAGACUUCCUAGAAAUCAGCGUUACGUUUCGACCGCUAAAGUUCCCUUGCUGUCUCUUGAUACAGUCACAAAGAAGAAAAGUUGGAGCUGGGAGAAGACAGUGGUAUAGAACAUUUUCCUUCUAGCAUCGUCAGCCCCAGGGCAGAAGAACUGCUCAAGAAGUGGAGAAAUAGUACUUAGCCAUCUGGAUCUGAGAAGCUGAAAACCAUGUCUCUUCCCCGACAGCUGCGAGAAAAGAGUGAUUUUGACCAGCUUCCAGAUGAUGUACCCAUUUCAGCUAACAUUGCAGAUAUUGAAGAGAAGAAAGGUUUCACUAAUUACUAUAUGUUUGUCAUUGAAGUAAAAGUUAAAGGUGGUGGCAGAUACCUGAUUUUCCGACGCUAUCGUCAGUUCUAUGACCUGCACACCAAACUAGAAGAGAGAUAUGGGCCAGAGAGCAAAAAUAGCCCUUUUACCUGCACACUCCCCAUAUUGCCAGGAAAAGUUUACAUUGGGGCCAAAAGGGAAAUUGCUGAAAGCAGAAUUCCUAUCCUAAAUGUCUACAUAAAGAACCUACUCUGCCUACCCGCCUGGGUGUUGAUGGAUGAAGAGGUACGGCUGUUCUUCUACCACUCAACCUUUGAUAGUGAACAGGUGCCUCACAGACUGAGGCGGCUUCGCCCACGGACACGCCGAGUUAAAAGCAUUUCACCUCAAGUGCCCGUUUUUGACCGCAUGGCAGCCCCGCGGGCUGAAGCACUGUUUGAUUUUUCUGGAACCAAUAAACUGGAACUCAGCUUCAAGAAGGGAGACUUGAUCUAUCUACUGAGCAGAGUAAACAAAGACUGGUUGGAGGGAACAGCUGGAGAUACCACUGGGAUUUUUCCAUGUGCUUUUGUGAAGAUCAUAAAAGAUUUACCGCAGCAGGAAGACACAGUUAAUAAAGUUCGCUGUUAUUACCAUGACGAGACUGUAAGCACUAUCAGGGAUAUCUCAGUGGAAGAGGAUCUCAGCAGCAUUCCAUCAUUCAAAGAUCUCAUGGAAUUGAUGAGGCAGGAGUUUGACCAAGAUGACAUCGUUUUGAAUUACCGAGACCUUGAUGGUGAUCUGAUCCGGUUGCUCUCCGAUCAGGAUGUUGAACUCAUGGUGUCCUUGAGCAGAAGAAAGCCUUCCAGGAAGCAUUUCUUUCCUUGGGAGUUGCACAUCACUCACAAAGAUGACUUGAAUGUCUACAACACUAGUCCAGAAAUAGGUGCUACUCAAACAGUAAGAGCCAUAUAAGUGCCGUAUAGAGAUGUUCCAGUAGGUUGCUAUACAGUCCUUCCAUAAUCACUCUCUGUAUACAGUUUCUUAUAGCAAGCCUUUGAAGUAAGCUUGAAAAGAGUAAUUUUUAGUAAUAUAUUGCGUUUUAUUGUCAGUCUGUACUCAGUUAGCUUCUUCAGCUUUUUAGCACUUCUCUGUAAUCGAAACAUCUAGAUAGAGACCAGAGAAAGCAAGGAACAGAGAAAUAAAGUCACUGGCCAUAUUCACAAAGCAAGUCAGUGUUACCCUGCAAUAGAGGUCAGUGUCCUGACCCCCCAAGACCUGCUCCAAUCUCCAGUCUCACUCCUAGAGCUAAUUAUUUGUCCAGAAUGUCUUCAUAAACUUUUUUUUCUAGUCAACCGUAAUUUUCUCUUCACUUGCUGGUAUGAAUAUUUGUGUCCCAGUGCUAGUGAAUGUGUAAUUAUUUCUGUCAUGUGGGAAUGACAAACUCUGUCAUUCAGAGUUUGUUCUGGAAGCAUCAAAAAACCUUUUCCUUAUUUCAGUGAAUAAACUGCAGGCCAUCUCUGCUAUGUUCUUUCCGCUGACCACUAUUUUGAAUUCUGUGAAUCAAACCUUGUACAUCUGUGGUGUUCCUUAUAGACCAUUUUGUUGUUGUAAAGGCUGCUUAUUUGCAUUCUGGGAAAAAUAUCUUCUGCUUUCCGAUACCUCAUUCGAACGUAGAACUAACAACAAAUUACUGCAUCAGAUUCUUCAAUAAAUAAAGUUACACAUGAGUUUAUUUUAUCAGUUUCUAUUCAAAAUGAGUUUUUUGGGGGGGCAAUAAUUCUGCUCCUUGAAAGUGAGAUAGUUUUGAAGAAGGGUUCAAAUGUUACCUAUUCAGCUUUCCUUAAGGAGGAGUUCAUUAUUGAAAAAAAACAUCUCUUGCAAGAAUUUCUUUAAUAGUCAUGCAAUUAAAAUAUUUUCUUCUUGAAAAAAAUUUAGUGCUGCUUAUUUACUCCUGUAAUAAAAAUUGCAGGUUAUGUAUGUGUAAUACAAAUUGUUUGAUACCUAAAUUCUAUAUCUUAAAACCACCAUGCAGUCAAGGUGUAAAAAGAUACUACCAGAUAUAAAAAAACUCAGUGAAAAAUAAGAAGUUAAAAGAAUUUUCAGACAUCAUGGUUUGGAUUCAAGUGUUAGUUUCUGCGGCAUUAAGCUACAAUUCAGCAUUUAAAAAAAUCUUUGCCCUUGACCUUGGCUUGUUAAAAUUUGUGCAUAAAAAAUGGAAGAUUACCAAGCAUCUGAAGAACAGAGAAACUGUACUAAGAAACAGUUAAGCAAGAUGCAUAAAGAACUAAUCUGCUCCUCCCCAAACUGGCAAAAUAAUGUUUUCUCUUUUUCUUAAAUGUUACCGGUGGAACAAGAUCUUCAAUGACAACAGAAGUAUUUAAGAUGACUUAUCCUUUAAACUUGCUUAUUUUUCUUCCUGAUGUAUAUACAUGAUCUUAUUUACAUACAUAAUCUUUAAUAUUCUGUUAUCCGUAGCCUUG